CACGUCUUCAACCAGAUUCCGCGUUCAAAAGCCCAUGGAGCUGACUUUGCCGUAGCAAACUCCCCCAUACAUUUCCGCAAAAGACUCCUUGCCUUGAGACCCAAGACGCAGCCGUCGCCAUGCCUGAACCUUUUGACAUCAUCGCAGUGAUUGAGCCCAAGCCGGGCAAGGCAAACCGCGUAGAGGAACUGCUGAAAACUACCGCCAAAGCCGUGCAAGCGAACGAACCCGGCACGCUGCGGUACCAAGUGAAUCGCGAGACGAAGGGCGAUGCGCCGACUUUCGUGAUGCUGGAAACAUACAAAGAUCAGGCUUCGCUCAAAGCGCACGGAGGGAGCAAGGACUUCAAAGAGCUUGGGAGGGCGUUCAAGGAGGAUUUGCUUGCGGCGCCGAUGAAGGUGCUUUUCACGAAAGCGGUUGGCGGGUACGCUAGUAAGCUAUAAAAG